AUACAACCACCUUAACCAAUUACUACAGAUUAAGUACAAUAACCAUUAGUUAUAUUUGCAGUUAGACCAUAUAUUGAUAUGGCACCACCAUGAAUAGCUCUAAUGUCUUAAACAUUCAAUGAAUCUACAAUCAAAUGAGCCAUAUGACUUGGUGAAGGAACAGCGUAAUUGUAAUCACCAGGUGAAUAUUAUUUUGCUUAAAGAAGACGUCUUCUACUUUUCAAUCCUGUCUUUUUCAAUAUUGAUUCCAGACUCAAAGAAGAACUAAAUUAUAUACCAAUUUAAGAAUCUUCCUUUGCUAAUAUAUCUGAAUAUUAAUUUGAUGAAACCAUAUAACAACCGUAGUAAGCUGCUUCAGAAUUCGAACAUCUACAAACACUUAAUUGAACAAGUUCUCUUUGUUCACUAUUUGAAACUCUCAUUACUUGUACCAAUCCUCCAUAGCAUUCCUUACAUUUUACUCUAUUAAUAAAGAUAUUUUUCAUUAGUAAUGGAGUAUUUUUGGUUAUUUAAUCAACUAGCAUCAAAGCUGGAUUUAUGAUAUAUUCAGGAAAAUCAACACGAGAUUGUAAUAUUCUACAAAUAGCAUUUUACUCAUUAGUUAAUUAUUAAUCAUUGCAACUAACAGUGACAUUCAUAGAUGAUAUAUUCCUAAAUUAAACAGAAUCAAUAAAAACUGGAUUUACUAAUGGCUCUAUAACUUCGAUGUAUGGUCUAUAUGAUAAAACACCAUGUUAUGAUUCUAAGGUGUUGAACUUUACAAGAUUUGGAUUACGAAGUGAUAUGAAUCCAUAGUAAUAGAGUCCUUCACUAUAACAAUUCUGGAUUUCUACUUAUCCGUUAUCUUAUUCAAAUGCAGCUAAUCUCUUUAUUAACAUGAACUCCUCAAUUAUUUAAAAAUUAGUUAGGUUACUGAAAUAAUCUAAAGCAUUACUGUAAUUCCCUGAAAUUUUUAAUCCAAUUAAUGUAGUCUUUUAAAUUUAUAAAGUUCUCUCAUCAUAUUUCACUUUUAUUGAUGUACCACUUAAACCAUAACAAUUUGAGAUAAUACUGUUUCUUAUAGUAAAUUAUUAUUGCCUAUCUGAUGCAGUUACAUAAAUUCCACCACCAUCAGCUCUUGCAAUACAACCUUUUAAAUCCAUAUUCUCUAAGAGCAUGUUCAAUUAAGAAUAGGUUGAAUCUACAUAAAUGCAACCUCCUCUUGAAACGACUGCACCAUUCAUUGGAGUAAAUGCAUUAACUAUUGAACAACUAUUGAAAUAUACUUCUCCUUCCUUCAAAGCUUUUACAAAGAUUCCACCUCCAACUUUACCUGUAGAAUUAGUAAAUUAUGAAUUGAGCAAACGAAUAUUAAAACCUGCUAAAAACAUAUGUCCUCCUUCUGCUAAAUCAUUCAUUUAUUAAGAGAGUGGAUUUUAAUUAAUAAAUUUGCUUGAAUCGAAAUUACUAUUAAUCAUUGUAAUAUUUCUAGUAGUCUAUCUACCACAUUCUAAAUACAAUACAGCCCCAAAACCACUUACUUAGUUAUUUUUCCAAUAAGAAUUCUAUAGAUUUAAAGUUCCUACCACACUUCUAAUUAAUAAGGUUGGAUUACUUGGUCUUAGUGUUCCUUUUAGAAAUGAAGCAGAAUAAUGUUUAUUGUUAUUGAAAUUAAAGUUUUAGAGAGUGACUAUUUAUUCUUAAGUUGAAUCAAUUAAUAUGGCACUAGAUGGAACUGCCAAUACAGUAGUUGUAAUAGUACAAUAUUGA